UGAGGGUAAGUCUUUUUCAGUAAGACAGGGAACUAACACAUUAGUACGCAGUUCCUGCAGCAAUGGAGGAUCAGCCGAAAGCUACUGAGCGCAGUGUAUCUUUUGUGCCAAAGUCAUCUCAAGUUUUCUUCAACCCCAGCGGAGACUCUCGCUCUCGCUGUGACUUGUUUGGGCAAGGUGCAGAUGGACGUCACCGCAUGGCCAUAUUAUGUCUGGGACUACUGGAUGUCAUUCUGCUCAUCGUUGCUGUUGUUCUUGGAAUCGGUCAUGGCUCAGUCACACAACGCUCCCACGCAAAUUCCCAACCAGCUGCAGCACAUCUCAUUACUGAGCUGGACCAUCUCUUCGGCAACCACAGCGAUGCCAUGGAGGCAGUGCAAGAGGCCGUGAAUGCAUUAAAGAGAGUGACCAGAAAUCAUGAAAAACUGAAAGUGAAAGUCACUGAGCAGAAGGCCAUUAAUGACGCCUAUCAGAGUCAGCUCGAGAGUCUGCGCAGAGAGAGGAAAAUCCUGCAGGCCAACAUGUCAUCUUUGGAGUGGACCUGUGGCAAGUGUAACAAAGGCUGGACCUAUUUCAAUUCAUCCUGCUAUUACUUCUCUUUUACUAAUUCAUCUGAACGCCGAGAGACAUGGAUGGGCAGCCGAGCCGACUGUGUCAGGCGUGGAGCAGAUCUGAUUGUGAUAGAUCACCCAAGCGAGCAGUCAUAUGUGAGUCAUAUCAGUGAAUCCCUGAGAAGAGGCUACCAAUUCUGGGAACAUAGUCUAUGGAUCGGUGUCACGGACAUGAAACAGGAGGGAACCUGGGUUUGGGUUAACAAUGCCACAGAAUCAGAACAAAGGUACUGGAUCACUGGAGAAACCAACAACUACCACCAGGACAAGAAAUGUGGGGCUACUCUCUAUUCGUCAGCUAAACCCUGGGAGACUCGCUUCAGUGCGAACUGCAACUCACAUUUACACUGGAUAUGUGAAAUGGCACCUAAAUAGACUGCACAAAACACAGUGAUCUUUAUAUGAAUUAAAAAAAACUAGCACAUUA